CAGAGAUCCAACUGCCUGAGUGCGAAUGGUUGGGCUUAUUUGUAUCUGAGUCAUGGAACUACUAGCUGCUAUGGUGUUUGGAUCACUUUUGAUUCUACUGAGCUUAGCUUCAACAAUCGCUGAUGACGUUAAAGGCCAUGUCUUGUUCAGUCCUGAGCAAAACGAGUUAUUUGAUUGGUUGUAUCAAUCCUCCCAUACAACGACCGAACCGGGGAAUAAUAUGAAACAUAGUUCAACGCAUCACACAAUACCAUUGGCAUCAGACAAAAAUUUGCGUGUUAAAUGCGAAGAAUAUGACAAUGAAGCUAAGGAAGAAGAUGACAAUGAAGCUAAGGUGUUUAUAUAUGGACCAGAAGGAUAUUUGGUUGAUGUUUGGAGGCUCCACUACAGUAAAGACAUUUGCAAACAAGUGAAUAAAAACAUUUAUCUGGAUGAACAUGAACAGCCAAGACAGACUCAGAAAGACUCAGAAUAUGAUGAGUUGACAUUUACCAUGAUGUACAAGUUCAGUUGGGAGAACCAGCGGUGCCUCAAAAGACACUACACAGUCAACACUCUUCCACACAUUGCCAAACUAGACAGAGGAAUCUCAACAAUGACAGAUUGUCUGGGGACUCCUGUGGAAACUGCAGAAGAAGAUACAGAGUCUGGUUGGGAGGGAUAUUUAUUAUCAUCGGGAAAAUACGAAAUCUUGGAUUUCAACAAAAAUAUGGAUUCUGUUGGUGAACCUAGAGAGUUCACUAUUCAAGCUGAAGGACACCUUUUUGAUUUCAAGCUCAAGUGCCAACAAUACAAGAAGAAACAAAGCUCAGAGGAAGAUUCGACCUUGGCAACAGGACUUAUUAUGUACGAGAAUAAUUUAGUCUUGGAAAAGUUAUAUCUUGACACUUGCAACAGCGGAGUUGAGGGAAUAUACAUUAACUUGGUGGAGCUUACCUUAAUGUCGACAAUAAAAGAAUUUGAACUUGUGUUUAAAACAAAAGAUGGACAAUGUUUUAAAAGAUUCAUAUCCUAUCAAACCAUUCAUGAAACUGAUGAUAAAGUUAGUAUUCAUCGGAAACUCCCUGAGGAAGUCAACUGCCCAAAGGACGGGGACUGGACCAGUAACAAAGCCUUGAGUGUAAGGGCUAAGAAUAAAUGGUUAAGAAGAGUGAUCAAAGGAAUAAAUGACCGUUUAGUUUCGCAGUGAUUUACUUAGGCAAACUCUACUUGUAAUUUACUUGACCUUCCUUUGUUAGUUAAAUAAAGAGAUAUCCAUGUUGUAGUGAACCUACAGACUGACUGAA